AUGAUUGCGGGACUGUCAUUCACCCUCCGUAUCUCGGCUCUCACGCUACAAUCUACGCCAACAGCUCGUGCCAUCACCGCUGCAAGCAACUCCAAGAUACGGCUACGAACAUACAGAAUCAUCGCCAUGGCUGGGACGAGGCGGUCUUCACGGCUCAGCGCCGCCACGGAAGCGAUGCCACCGCCCACCGCGCCCGCCUCAUCUACAGCCAACGGUCGCAAGCGCAAGGCCGACGCCAAGCCGCCCAAAGACGAAGCACCAUCAACGCCGAAGAAGAAGAAGCGCACUGCUGCUACGCCCCCGCCGUUGACGCCGACGCCUAGCGCCGUCGGCAUUAUCGCCGAGCCGGCCACGCGUGAGGGGCCGCAGACGCCCAAGCCGGCCGGUGUCACGCGCCUCGCUAACCCGCGCGGCACCAAUGCGAUGCUGCUAUCACCCGAGACUUCGCGGCUGAUUGCGCCGCGAGACGAUGCGCAGCCGCCACCGUCGCCGUCCAAAGGUCGCCAGGGCAAGACUACUACUACUACGACGACGACGACGACGCAGACACUGCUGCAGGAGGCGUGCGACCACCUGAUUCGCGUCGAUGAGCGGAUGCGGCCGCUGAUAGAAAAGCACACAUGCCGCGUCUUUUCGCCCGAGGGCCUGGCUGAAGAGGUCGAUCCAUUUGAGAGCAUUACGAGCGGCAUCAUCUCGCAGCAGGUGUCCGGCGCGGCCGCCAAGUCGAUCAAGAACAAGUUCAUUAUGCUCUUUGCCGCGACCUCCGAUGGCGAUGCUACGCCCCGGUUUCCUCACCCAUCAAAGGUCGCCGCCACGCCGCUCGAGACGCUGCGGACGGCCGGGUUAUCCCAGCGCAAGGCCGAGUACAUCCACGGGCUGGCGGCCCGAUUCACUUCGGGGGAGCUCAGCGCGCAGAUGCUGCAGGACGCGCCGUACGACGAGGUGCUGGCGAAGUUGCUGGCGGUACGCGGACUCGGGCGAUGGUCGGUCGAAAUGUUUGCGUGCUUUGGGCUCAAGCGCAUGGACGUCUUCUCGCUUGGCGAUCUGGGCGUUCAGCGCGGCAUGGCGGCAUUUGCGGGACGCGACGUGGCCAAACUGCGCAACAAGGGCGGCAAAUGGAAGUACAUGUCGGAGCAGGACAUGGUGGCCAUGUCGGACAGGUUUGCGCCGUACCGGAGCUUAUUUAUGUGGUACAUGUGGCGGGUGGAAGAGACGGACGUCAGCACCAUGGAGUAG